AUGACAGUGAGAGAAAAGGGGGAGGAUGUGGUGGUCGCCGUGGAAGGCGAGCGCUAUGAUGUACACGUCAAGGAGAGGAAGCUCUAUGCUGUCUAUUGGGAUCAAGCUCCUGCAGAGGUUCGCCGCUGUACCUGGUUUUACAAAGGAGAUAAGGACACAAGAUUCCUGCCUUACUCUGAGGAAUUCAGCCAAAGUCUGGAGGAAGCCUAUAUGAUAGCAGUGACCUUAGAUGAAUGGAAAAAGAAACUAGACUUUCCCACUGGAGAGACUGUCAUCUUGCACAACCCUAAGCUGAUAAUGCAUUAUCAGCCAUUUGGAAUGCAGGAUGAUUGGGUGUCCUCUCCGUCAGAGCAGACACGGCCUCGCACAGUCAAGAGGGGGGUAGAAAAUAUCUUUGUAGAAAUACCAGAUGGUGAACCGGAGAAAGUGGAUCACUUGGUCUUCAUGGUCCACGGCAUUGGUCCUGCAUGUGAUUUACGCUUUAGAUCCAUUAUACAGUGUGUAAAUGACUUCAGGAGUGUUUCGCUGUCGCUCCUGGCCACCCACUACAAGCGUUCUCAGCAGGAAGGCCAUGUCGGUCGAGUUGAAUUCCUUCCCGUCAACUGGCACAGUGCUCUGCAUGGUGACGCCACCGGUGUGGAUGAGGACAUCCAGAGGAUCACUCUACCUAGCAUCAGCCGCCUCAGGCAUUUCACCAAUGAUACUCUGCUGGACUUAUUUUUCUACAACAGCCCCACCUACUGCCAGACCAUAGUGGACACAGUGGCCUCAGAAAUUAACCGGCUGUAUGCCCUGUUUAAGCAGAGACACCCUGAGUUCCAUGGAGCAGUUUCAGUAGUAGGACAUAGCUUGGGUUCUCUGAUUCUGUUCGACCUGCUAACCAAUCAGAAGGAUGGAUCCAAACCAGGAAGAGUAUCUUCGGGUGAACAGUCUUCUUUUAACAGCGAUACAUUGGAGCAGACUCUGACAAAACUGGGCCUCCAACAGUACCUGGGAACACUCCUGGCAGAAAAUGUCGACAUGGAAGCACUGGCUCUCUGCCAAGACAGUGAUCUUAGAGAUUUAGGAAUUCCUCUCGGACCUCGAAAGAAGAUUUUACACUACAUCAAAAAGAAGAGGCUUCCACAGGACUGUAAGGCAGCAGCGGGGAAUCAGACCUCUGAGUCUGCUCCACCUCAAGUGACCAGUGAGGGUAACCAGCCCUCAGGACCAGAAGCACAGCAACCCCUCUUCCACAGAGAGCCUUCUAUCACCAGCGCUGUGGACUAUGAAUACUUCGAUGUUGGCAUCGGACAGGUGUCCGUCGAUUACCCUCAGCUGGCGUUUUACCCUCAGACGUUCUUUGCUUUUGGUUCUCCGAUCGGAAUGUUCCUGACUGUACGAGGACUGAAACGCAUUGAUCCAAACUACUCAUUCCCAACCUGCAAGAGUUUUUAUAACAUCUACCAUCCAUACGACCCAGUUGCCUAUCGGAUCGAGCCCAUGAUUGUUUCGGAGGUGGAUCUGGAGCCAAUGCUUAUACCCCACCACAAAGGCCGAAAGAGGAUGCAUCUUGAAUUGAAAGACAGCUUAACCAGAAUGAGUAUGGAUUUAAAGAACAAUGUUUUGGGAUCAUUGCGGACAGCUUGGCUGUCCUUCACCAGACUACCAGUUGCAGCACUGCCCCCAGUGGAUGAGCGAGAAACUACGAAUGACACAACCCCACAGGAAGAACAAGGGAUCUACACAGAAGCUGAAUGUUCAGGGUCAGCAGAGCAGACUGAUCAGCCUGAGAUAGAAAUGGGGAUGCUGAACGGGGGACGCAGGAUUGACUAUGUGCUCCAGGAAAAACCUAUUGAGAGCUUCAAUGAAUACUUGUUUGCCAUCCAGUCUCACCUCUGUUACUGGGAAUCUGAGGACACGGCUCUACUGCUGCUGAAGGAGAUUUACGACAAGCUUGGUGUUGCUUUCGAACAGCCACAGCAGUAACAAAUUAGUGUGAAUGUAUUUAUGCUUUCUUUAUCCGUUAUCUGGAAGUGAAGGAAAACUGAUGGAGACAGAAACUAAACAGACAAUCCUCUCCAGAAUGCCUUACUGUCUGUUUUUUUUUUUUUUUUUUUUUUUUCCAACUGCUGCCUGGUUGGUUUGGUGCAUCCAGGUAGUCUUGGUUUAUGUGUUUGUCAAAGCAUGAUUUUGGAAAUGUUGGCUCUUCAGCCAUUUCUACAAUCCAAAUGUUUGAGUUGGGUUCUAAUAUUUCCUGAAGACCCGCAUCGAAGCACCUUUUUGAUGAGAUGUUAUCAUUUCUUGGCACUUUCAUAGUAAACAUGACGUCAUGAAAGGUUAUGAUUAUAAUUAUUAAACGCACAAUGUAUAAGAGGGUAAUUAGUUUUCAGCUGCCAUAUAUUUCAAGUUAGAAGAAAAAAAGGUUAGUUUUUUUUAAACUUCACCUUUAUUUAAUGUUGUAGCAUAUAUUGACAGACAUAAGCUAUUGUCCCAAAAGAAACAGGUGAGGGUUUUGAUUUCUGUUACAAGUAUUAUUUUUGGCAGCUAUUUAUUUUCCUUUUGUAAUAAAAAGGCUUUAAACAAAAAGCUGCCACACUUGUACUUCAGUUAUAUAGUUAUGUGAGCUUCCCUCAUUUCCUUUAAUUCAACAUAUUGUGUUAUGUUGUUUGAUUACAUUUGUAUUUAAUUAUUCAUGCACCUGUCGUAUCAAUCCAAAUAAUGAGUUGAUGCCAUGGGAAAAGUUGGCUUUUUAAGAGGCAGCAGGAUUGUCUUUUCAUUAGGUUUGUAUGUAUGCAACAUAUCUUUUUUGUAUUUACUACAAAGUAUUUAUAGAUUUGACCUUCUUCAUCAAUACGUCACCAAAGACAGAAACACUUUUUUAUCCCUACCAGCACUCUAUACAUAAAAUGUGUGUUUGUGUGUGUGAAAUACCCAAAAUAGGCCCAUUUCUCUGUCAUCCUUUGUCCUCAUGUAUAAAUUAUCUUUCCUGUCUGUACCGCAUGCAUUUGUGUUUGUUUAGAGAUUCUCUGCAUAUUUAAGUCCAUGAUUUCAGUUCUUUUUAGGCAACAAACUAUAAAACAAUUUUUAUAUAUUUUAUUAUUUAGAAAGCAAAAUGUUAACUUCCGUUGUCGCUUUAUUUUAAAGGGAAUUACAGGUAU